AUGCUGUCAAAAGCCAUUGAAAGACUCAAUUUGCUUGGCCCUAUCGAAAAAGCAUUUGCUGCUCAAUUAAAAUCAUUCCCCCAUCGAGACGCAUGGCAUUUCCCUGACAAAUCUAUAAGAUGGACCUUUAAAGAAGUGAAUGUAAUAUAAAUUCAGAGGUAUUCUCAAGCAUAUGCAAUGGGUCUUGCAGAACUUGGACUAAAUCCAGGAGAUAAAGUUGCGACUUGGCUUUCAUGCAAAGAGUUUCCAGAAUCUUUGAUCCUCCAGCUAGCAUGUGCCAGGGCUGGCUUUGAAAUUGUUAGUCUUGACUCCAUAUAAAUAAAAUGGCAUUCGGUUCGAGAGAAAUUAGCUCUGCUAAUUUUCUCUCCCUCAUGGAAUUUUAUUUAUAGGGUUAGGUUUUCACUCGAAGACUUCUGGACAGCAAUAGCGGUUUAACUCUGGGGAUAACCAGAGGAACCACUCCUCAGUCCACUCAAGAUUUCGGGCUUUUACCUCUCAGCACAUCCCCACGGGAGGAUGACCCUUAGGGCGGAACACGCGCAGGAGCUGAGUCGAGCGACAAGGGCGACGGCAGCGCGCCGGGUGAGACGUGCAGCAAGGCCGUGUGAAGCAGGAGUUGAUAGAAGGCUUGGACGGGGCUGACCCGUGCCAAGAUGGCUCGCCUACGUCAUCAGUUUUGCCAUAGGUCCUUUUGGGCUGCGGCACUAGACACCUUAAACACCAGAUAAUUAAGUAAGUAAGUUAGUCUUGACUCCACAGAAAAUUUUGAAUCUGGUAUGAAAUCUGCUAAACUUCUUAUUGUGUCUCCAUGGGAAAGCUGGGGAAAUAAUAAUCGUAUUGAUUUUGUGCUGAGCCAAAUUCCAGAAAUGUUGAAAACUCAAUCUGGCAGUUCACUUAAAAGCCAAAAAUAUCCUGGAUUAAAAGGUAUAAUUCAAACUGGAUUUUCUACAAUUAGAGGAAGCUUAAAACUGAAGCAAAUUCCAGUAUACGCAGAAUUAGAAGAAACGUCCAAUUCUAUGCAAAACUUUGAAAUCAAGCCAAAUUUACCUUUGUUUAGCCAUUUUGGAGUUUCCCACACCCAAGAAAAUUUAGCUAACUUUGCAGUAGAUUUCUCAGAAAAACUAGGAGUUAAAGGUGGAGAUUCAGUUAUAAGCACUUUAUCUCAUCAAUAUCCACUAACAUUUGGAAGCGUGCUAGGUGCAAGUUUUGUUGGCGCAAAAACAGUUAUUGCCCCAGAUGCUGAUGGGCUCAGCUUAUAUAAAGCUCAGCAUGCGAAAGUUUUGAUUGUUAACAUGGAAAAGGCUCAAAAUAUAAAAGGGAAAGGAGAAAUUGAGACUUUAGUGAUUGGCACCAAGAAAAGUGCUAGUAUAGAACCUUUUGUGAAAAAGUUGCAUGACCAAGGUGUUAAAGCUAGGAAAAUAGUAGAUUUCGAUUUAAUUACGUUAAAGAAAUCAGCUUAA